AUGAGACUUCUAGUCCUUUCCACUCUGCUCUGCAUGCUGCUCCUCAGCUUCUGCAUUCUCACCUCAGAAGGCAGAAGGAAUCUUGUCAAGUCCCCAAGACUCAAGCCCUGCUGUCACCUUGCUCUUAGAUCCAAACUGACAGCCAAGAAAGGAAACUACACAAGGCCCUGCAAACCAUGCAGAAACAAGCCACCAUUCAAGUUAUGGGUUGUGCCUGGGGCUCUCCCACAGAUAUAGGAGCCUCUUGAAGCCUGGACCCACCCAGAUGAGACCUCGAUGCCCAGCUAUGAAGAGACCAGGAACCUUGACUUGACCCCUGCCAACCUUCAUGAAAGGAUGCUUCAUUUCAGACAGCCAGGAACAUUCCAGAAGCCCAAGCCCUCAUUCCAUUGGUGCCACCAACCUUUGGAGUCUCUAUGAUCCAGACUCAUCCCGUACAUCUUCAUGGCUCCUCCAGAGUAAAAGUCAAAGAUUCCGCCUGUGAGCUCUACAACUCUAGAGACUUCCAAAUUGACUCGAGUGUAGAGUAGCAAGACCUCAGUAUGAUCAGCCAAGACUCCAGCAUCUCAGGAAUCCCCUGACAAUCCCAA